GUGGCAUCCAACAUCCAAACAGCAACCAGGGAAAGACGCCUAAGAGCAUCCAUCCAUCCAUCCAUCCAUCCAUCCAGUGACACGAGGAACUCCGAGAGAAACAUGCAUCUGUCCUCCGUCUGCGGCCUCCUGCUCAUCUUAAACCUGCAGCUGAUCACCUCGUAUCCAAUCAGCACCGGCCUGACCGACACCGACAUGGACAUCUUAAAGGUUCUCCUUCACAGACUGGAGGAGUCCGUGUCCGAGCAGACUGAAGUGGACCAGAGAGUCCCUGCAGAGAGGGACGGUGUGGACGUGGACGAGGACGAGGCAGCAGAUGUUCAGCAGCCUCAGACCGGCCUGGACGAGGAGAUGAUCCGAGAGUUUCUGUCUGCCAAGAACCUGAAGAGCGUCCGCAACGACUCGUCCAGGAGGUCCUCCGGCUGCUUCGGCCGACGGAUGGACCGGAUAGGAUCCAUGAGCUCGCUGGGCUGCAACACGGUCGGCAAAUACACUCCAAAGUAAAGAUGAAGUCUUACCAUCUUAAUAAUGGAACUGCAACGUCUCUACCAAAGGACAUUUCUAUUUGAAUGCUAUUUAUUUACUAAUAUUUAUUGAACUUUCUGUUUUCUGGCUUACACGUAUAUUUAUUUAAAAUGGAUGUGAGACUGUUGUUUAUGUGAUGUUGAAUGUUUUAAUAAAUGUUUACAACUGCAAACCACUGAAAAAGAUCCAUUAUC